UUGUUUAACUCCUUUUGUACUUCUAGUAAAUCAAUCCAUGACAAGCUAAUAGAACUCUAUGUUGAAGAAUCUAAGAAGGAACUUCCAUGUAAGAAUUUGAGAUGCGCCACUCAUCUACUAGAUAAGCUUGUGAAGAGAGACAGACUAAACACAUUAAUGUUAAACCUCUACCCAGGGAAUGAUGGCUACUCACUCAUGCUACGGGGAAAGAAUGGAACAGACACUGAAACUAUACGUCUUCCUUAUGAGGAAACUGAACUAUUGGAAUACAUAGAUGCUGAAGAGCUUCCUCCAAUUUUGGUUGACCUGCUUGACAAAUCCAAUGCUGGUGUAUUCUACAGUGGAUGUGUAAUAGUAGAAGUCCGCGACUACAGGAGGACGUGCAAUAAUACAUAUGACACCACUUAUGUACUUCUUAAACCUACACAUCAGACAAUUCUAAGUGACAUUAACACAAUUAUUAGUAACGACGGGAACAAAUGGCUGCCAGAGGAUGUUAUGGCACUAGAAUCCCAGAUGAUCUUAGCAACAGCAGAGCCUCUGUGUCUUGACCCCUCCCCCGCUGUUCUACUCAUUGAGAAUAGAAUACAAUAUGAACGAAAUAAGUUCCGCACACGGCCAUUGAAAAAAGCUGUGAAAAAGUACACUCAGGCAGCAGUGAAUAGAAAACGAAGGUUUGAACAAUAUACUGCACCUAAACAUCUACGUCUUUACGAUUUUGUGACGAAACGUCGUGAUAAACUGAAGAAAAAAACACCUGUCAACCUGCGUGUCGGCAAAACUUGUGUUGAUAUGUGGCGGCAGAAACAUGUCCAUCUUGAUGUCCCAGCUGCAGAGAAUAUCAAUGUGGAGAAACUGGCACGAGUCAUUGAGAAACCUAAACUCACCCUAAACAAUAUACCUAUGAUAAUUGAGAAGUUGAUAUUUGAGAGAGAACAAGGACAAGGGGCAAGUAAAGUCUGCCACACACGACUCAUGAUUCAACAGCGUAGUUCUGAUGACUUCUAUCAGGGGGAGCUCUAUGUUGCUAGGGACUACAGUGAAGACAACCAAUCAGGAUCUACAUGCAAGUUCCCACUUGGAACUCGUGGUAAUGUAGAUAAGUAUAUAAAACAGUUUCGUGAGAUCUUCACAGAAGAGGGGAGAAAACAGGUGAAGAUUACGCAUUAUGUCCCCGGCCAACCCCCACAUGUCACAUUCACACAGACUGUCCCUCAGCCCUCAGGGGGUCAACAAUCGUCAGCCCUCAGUAGUACACAGGCCUUACUCUCCCAAGCUUCAAAUUUAGCUGCUAGCAUAGCAGGACAGAUUGAUGCAUCGAAACAAGCUGUAAAACGUACUGCGCCUAUCAAACUCUCCCUAUCGCUACAGGCCCCCACUACUGUCAGUACAGGGGGACAGUUGACAAGCCCACAGCCAACUGACUCAACAUACAGUUCGAACGCAGUCCCAAAUGUGAAUGUUGCUCAGUUUUCCCAGCAACAGUUACAACAACAACAAUUACAACAGCAACAAUUACAACUUCAACAGCAACAACUCCAGCAACAAUUACAACAAAAAUCACAGACAAUACAACAACAGAAACUGACUCAAGUACAACAAAUGACACCCCAACAACAGCAACAGCUACAACAAUUGCAGCAAAUACAACAACAGAAAUUACAACAGCAACAAUUACAACAGCAGCAACAGCAACAAAAUAUGACUCAACAGCAACAACAAAAUAUGAGUCAGCAGCAACAACAACAGCAACAACAACAGCAGCAGCAACAGCAACAACGUUUACGCCAUUUAGGAUCAUACAGGCCCCCCAGUACACCAAGCCCAGCUACCACUCCCACAGGAACACAACCAAUGUUGCCUAGUUACAACCAAGCUGUGGGUCAGGUUAUGCAGCCUCCUACCCCCUCUGCGACCCCACCCCGUACCCCCACUCCUAAUACAGUACGACGUCAGUCCCUGAAUGAAUCUGGAUCCGUCAAUGUGACAUUCAACCAAUCACAAAAUAUCACACAGCUGCAAGGUCUGAUAGUGAGUGGUGCCAAUACACAAGUGCCAAGUGCACCCCCUACACCCAGUAACAACAGUGGGCCAAGCACCCCUACUGCACCAGCACAGUCAGAGAAGAUGCCCAGUCAGCCAACAGUGCAUCAUACAGGCAUUGCUACAUCACAACCACAAUCUGGUAGCAUUACAAGUCUUCCACACAAUAUAGGCCUCCAGAAUCUUGGAGUGGGGGGUCUGCAGAAUAUGAACAUAACAGGUCUACAGGGCUUACAGAACAUAUCAGUGUCUGUGACACCAGGUGGUACACUGCAGGUUCCAGUGCCCAUAACAAUGAUCAACACCUCUAGUAAUCUUAUUAGUAGCCCUAGUGGCAUAAUCCACCUAGGUUCAGUGCCCACUGUACAGUCUAUAAGCACAUCGACCAGUAACACUUCAACCCUUGGAGCUAGGCUACAGACAAGCCAAUCAGGGAUGGUUACCAUGGUGACAGGGUCUAAUCAACAAGUCAGUGGACAAACAUCACAACUUAUCACCACCCAAGGCAAGCAGGGUACAGCUCCCACUACUAUGCUCUCUGUACCCAUCAACAUGGCAGGGAGUAUAGGCCAGCUAAUGCAGGCAGGUCUAAAGAACAAUGUAGGUCAGACCAUACGUCAAGGGACCCAGUUACCUGUUCUUCAGAUUCAAGGCCAACAGGGUAUCCAGCUACUGAGUGCUACUAUUCCCCAGCAGAGACAGGGGACCCCUAUCAAGAUAACUAACCAAUCAGGCCAGAUCACAAUCACUUCAGGACAAUUACUAAGUCCACAAGGGGUUCUCUCACAAUCAGUUGCAUCCAUGACGCAGUUUCCAAAUACAGUAGUAGCGGGUCAGAAGCAACAGGUCCCCCAACAACAACAGCAGAUCCAAUUACAACAAAUUCAGCAGCAACAGUUACAACUAGCUUUCCAACAACAACAAUUACAACAAAAGGCUAAGACUAAGCGACGGACUACACCAACGCCACCUAUGCCAUAAAGUGAAUUACUUAUAUUGUGGUUGUUGGAUUGUUUAAAUUAUGGGUUGAGAAUGUCAGUAUAAAUGAGUAAAAUGCACCAUGGGAUUCAGUGGCUUCAUUGAGGUAUUACCCUAUCAUGGUCCUCAAUUACCCAAGUGCGAGUAGGUAGUUACCAGUUU